CGGCGGCACUUCCGGUGCCCACGCGCCGCCGCCGCGCAGCUCCGGGGCCGUCACUUUGUGUAGCGCGGGGCGCGCAGGCCCGGCCCGCCCCGGCGUCCGGCGGCGGCUCGGCCGGCCCGGCGCGCGCGCGCGGCCGAGCUGAGGCUCUCCUCCGGGGAAGAUGGCAGCCCUGCGCUCAACUCCAGACGCGCCAGCCACGCAGCUGGCGAAGGCAGAGGAUGGGCUGGAAUGUGGUCCUGCUCAGGAGGAAGAAGAGGAAGAAGAAAAGGGGGAAGAGGUGGAGAUAGAGGAGGAGGAGGAGGAAGAGAUCGUCGUGGAAGAAGGGGAGGACAAGGAGGUGGCAGAGGAAGAAGAGGGGGGGCAGGCCGCGCACGUGGACCAGGUGGAGGUGGAGCUGGAGGACGAGGACGUGGAGGAGGUGGUGGCUGAGAAGCAGAGUCUUACCUUGGGGACCCAGGAGCGCCUUGGCCGUGGCAGUGAUGCCAAGUCCCCAGUUCUUCAGGAAAAGGCGUGGCAGGCCACCCGGCUUCCAGCCACACCUAGGGAUGAGGACUUGGAGGAGGAGGAGGAGGAGGAGGAAGAAGAGGAGGAGGAAGAGGAGGAAGAGGAUGACGAUUCCUUGACAGCUGGAUCUCAGGGGCUGGUGACCUUUGAAGAUGUGGCUGUGUACUUCUCCCUGGAGGAAUGGGAAAGGCUGGACGCAGACCAGCGGGACCUUUACAAGGACGUCAUGCAGGAAAACUAUGGGAUCUUGGUGUCCUUGGGAUACCCAAUCCCCAAGCCGGAUCUGAUCUUCCGGCUGGAGCAAGGGGAGGAACCCUGGGUCCCAGAUAGCCCCCGUCCUGAGGAAGGAGACAUUGUCACUGGCGUCUACACAGGAGCCUGGUUCUGGACCGAUGACCUGGACGACCACGAGGAGGAGGAGGAUGAAGACUUCUUGGCGGAGGUGGCCGAGGAAGAGAACGAGCCUCCGGGGCUCUGGUCAGCGGCCUACGGCGUGGGGGACGUUCCUGGGACGUGGGGCCCCGAUGACUCAGAUUCAGCGCAGACUCCGGAGGGAUGGGGUCCUGACCCCGGGGACCUCGGGGUCCUGACGGAGGGGUCGGAGGCGAAGCCCUUCCUACCGGGCCGGGAGCCUGGUGCGAACCUGCUGGCGCCCUGGGCGUUCCCUGCCACUGUGGCUGCCCCAGCCGGACGGCCCGAGACCACGUGCGACGUAUGCGGCAAAGUGUUCCCGCACCGGUCCCGGCUGGCCAAGCACCAGCGCUACCACGCGGCCGUCAAGCCCUUCGGCUGCGACGAGUGCGGUAAGGGCUUCGUGUACCGCUCGCACCUGGCCAUCCACCAGCGCACGCACACGGGAGAGAAGCCCUUCCCGUGUCCGGACUGUGGCAAGCGCUUCGUCUACAAGUCACACCUGGUCACUCACCGGCGCAUCCACACGGGCGAGCGGCCCUACCGCUGCGCCUUCUGCGGUGCGGGCUUCGGGCGCCGCUCCUACCUGGUCACGCACCAGCGCACGCACACAGGCGAGCGGCCCUACCCUUGCCCGCACUGCGGCCGCAGCUUCAGCCAGAGCUCGGCGCUCGCGCGGCACCAGGCCGUGCACACGGCCGACCGGCCGCACUGCUGCCCCGACUGCGGCCAGGCCUUCCGCCUGCGCGCCGACUUCCAGCGCCACCGGCGCGGCGGCGGUUGCGCGGAGCCCGGCGGAGACGGCCCUCGGCGGGAGCCCUGCGACACGGUGCCCGCGCCGGGGCCCGAAGAGGCCGAGGCCGGGCCGGAGGAGGCCGAGGCCGGCGAGGCGGACGGAGAGGCCGAGGUCGAGGCUAGAGAGGAGGAGGCGGCGGCGGCGGCAGUGGGGCCCACCCCCAGGAGCAAGGAGGACCCCGAGCCGGACAGGCGGUUCCUCGAGCUGGGCAACGGCCUGGGGGAGGGCGAAGGCCCUUCCUCGCAUCCACUCGGCUUCCACUUUCCCGUGCACCCCAAGUCCUGGCUGCACCCGGACGGCUUCCCGAUCCUGGGCCUCCCGGACUUCGGGGAGCGGCUGCCGGCCGACAGGCGUCCCCUGCCGGUCCCCCUGGGGGGCCGGCUCGCCCUGGUGGAGGGCGCGGGGCUAGCCUGCGACCCUUUCGGCGGCGGCGGGCCGGGCGCCGGGGGCGGCGGCGGGCUGCGCGCCUUCGCGCCGGCCGUCGGGGGACUGCUGGGCGAGCCGGCGCCCGCCGCGCUGGCAGAGGAGGAGAGCCCGUGGAUCUGCUCCGACUGCGGAAAGACGUUCGGGCGCCGCGCCGCGCUGGCCAAGCACCAGCGCUACCACGCGGGCGAGCGGCCGCACCGCUGCGCGGACUGCGGCAAGAGCUUCGUGUACGGCUCGCACCUGGCGCGCCACCGCCGCACGCACACGGGCGAGCGGCCCUUCCCGUGCCCCGAGUGCGGCGCGCGCUUCGCCCGCGGCUCGCACCUGGCGGCGCACGUGCGGGGCCACACGGGCGAGAAGCCCUUCGUGUGCGGCGUGUGCGGCGCGGGCUUCAGCCGGCGCGCGCACCUGACGGCACACGGGCGCGCGCACACCGGCGAGCGGCCCUACGCGUGCGGGGAGUGCGGCCGGCGCUUCGGCCAGAGCGCGGCGCUGACGCGGCACCAGUGGGCGCACGCCGAGGAGAAGCCGCACCGCUGCCCCGACUGCGGCAAGGGCUUCGGCCACAGCUCGGACUUCAAGCGGCACCGGCGCACGCACACGGGCGAGAAGCCCUUCCGCUGCUCGGACUGCGGCCGCGGCUUCGCGCAGCGCUCCAACCUGGCCAAGCACCGGCGCGGCCACACCGGAGAGCGGCCCUUCCCGUGCCCCGAGUGUGGCAAGCGCUUCUCGCAGCGCUCGGUGCUCGUCACGCACCAGCGCACGCACACGGGCGAGCGGCCCUACGCCUGCGCCAACUGCGGCCGCCGCUUCUCGCAGAGCUCGCACCUGCUCACCCACAUGAAGACGCACCGCGGCGCGGCCGGCGCGCCCGGCUCCGCGCCGGCGGCCCCCGCGUCCAAGACCGAGGCCCCCGCCAAGGGGACGUCCGGCGCGGGCAGCGGGCCGGGGGAGCGCGGCAGCACCCUGCUGGAGUUCGCGGGCGGAACGAGCUUCGGCUCUGAGCCCACGGCCCCCUUCGCGGGGCCCUCGGGCGCCUACGAGGAGAGCAUCCUGUGAUGGCCUGAGGCUGACGGAGGCGCAGCCCGCCGGGCCGUCGGCCCCCUUGCUCCUCUGGCCUCGGGGUGCUGAGGAUCCCAGUCCUGGUGCGGUGCCUUCCCCUCAGCCCCCCGUGCACCGCAUCCCCCGCCCCAACCUCGGGCGCCCCUCCUGCCCGGCUCCGGGAAACCGGGCCGCUGAGCUCGUCCGGCCGUGCAGGGGGCGCGUGGGGAGAGGAGAGCCACGUGCGGAGGAGGCGAGGGCAGGGGGCGGCCACCCCCACCGAGACUGCUGCAUCCCACGCUGUAGGGAUGGCAGGCGAGGUUAUUUAUUUCACUCGGAUUCCGAUUUGGGUGGCCUGGGGGACCGGCGGCCGAUGAGUCUGUAAGUGGGUUGUACAGCGAGGGAGGGGGAGCCCUUGCGUCGAGGGGAGGGUGGGGUGGUCGAGGGCAGAGCAUCCGGCUCCUCCAGUGGGUUUGGUUGACGACUUCUUCCCAUUCCUCAGUGAGGGACUUCAGGGACCUUGUGGUCAUUUGAAUGUGUCCGGGAAGUUUUAAGGACUACGCGGGGCUAGGGGAAGCCUUAUGGGUUUCCGGAGGACGAUGUUCCUCCCCUACCGAGGGGGGACAGAGAUGCGACUGGGAAAGCUUUUAUCCUGUCUACGGUGGAUAUUUACUUCCAUCUCUCGUAUGGCCUGAGGAAUCUGGGAGGAGGAGAAAAAGCCAGAAGCCAAAUUCGCGGCCCCAGGCGGACGGGUUGCAGGCGUUCCAGGGUCCUGAGGGAGUUUGAAGCCUUAUUCUGGGGGGAGGGUCACUCACUCUCACCCCACUCACUGGAGCACCGAGAUCAGCCAGGCACUAAUUCUGCCCCGGUGGGUUUUGGUCUCCACCUCCCCCUUUGAGCCCUUCGGUACUCUCACCUCUGGCGGCUGGAGGGGGCGCACUCAGCCUUGGGGGCCCCUUGCUGGCUGCUACCGCCAUGGCCCCAGCCUUCAACUUCCGGGGCGCCACCUCCCCUGGAGCAGUCGGACACAUGGGCCCCUGCCCUCUAAGCCCAGCGCUUAUUUAGGUGUAAUGACCAAUUGUAAAGUGACAGGUCGGCAGCAGGAUCAAUUCUCACAUCCCUACGGGGCUAGGGCCCUAUGACGCCUGUGGGUCCCUCUAACGCCGCUUCUGUCGUUAUUCUGUACUAGAAGCAAGUAGUGUUUCUCUUUAGAAUCCCAUGUCACAGGGUGGGCAGUCUGUACAGCGGAAGUCCACCUGCGGGGGUGUGGACUUGAGCCUGUGGCUCAAUGACAGGCCAGGCACCCAGCUAUGCAAAUCCUGCACCUGGCGGGCACCCCGCCCUCUGGGUUGGGCCAUUGGGAGCCACUGGGUAGGCAGCUGAAAUAUGGCUCACAUGAGAUCCUUCCCUCCCUGAAUGCCUUGUGGGCCGGUGAGUGGGGCUAGAAAACAGAUUUUGAAGCAACCGCAUUCCCUUUUAGACCUAGUUCCUUCUGUUUUAGUGUAGACAUGGCCUUGGGAGAGCCAGCAGCCAGGCUGCUGGGGCUGGGGGCGGGGUAGGAGGCUCAGUAGUCAGUGGGUGGGAAGGGGGCGUGGAUGGUGGCGGUAAGAAUUUGCCUGGCUGGGUGCGGUGGUGGGGUGGGGUGGGUGCUGAGGAGGGCAGGGGUCCCGGAGGCAUCAGCAGUGCUGGGUGAUGCCUUCCCUGUCCUCACUUUCUUUCCUCUCCCUGUGGGACAGGAACCUCAGGGGCCAAGUUCAAGGCAGCAUAGCCCCACAUGGCUGGGGUGUGGCUCUGUGCUCAUCCCCGCCUUGCACACCCCUCAGAGUUCGUACCUUUGGUGCUGCCCUGGGCCCCAGCUGCUUCUGCCCUGGCCAGGAGCCAUCAGCAGGAGGACCUAGCUUUAAUAAAGACUGGAGAAAUGA